CACACUUGGGCUCUGGAAGAUGUGAGGGACCCCAAAUGCCGGGUUUCAGAGGAUAACAGAGUCUGGGGAAAGGAUGAAACUCAGCCGUGGAGAGUGGGCUGUUUUUCCUGCUACUGCUGUCCCACUAUGGACUUCUUGAUGAGCGGCCUGGCAGCCUGCGGAGCCUGUUUGUUCACCAAUCCCCUGGAGGUGGUGAAGACCAGGAUGCAGCUGCAGGGAGAACUGCAGGUCCCCGGGACCUACCGACGACACUACCGAAACGUCUUCCAUGCCUUCAUCACCAUCGGCAAGGUGGACGGCCUGGCAGCCCUGCAGAAGGGCCUGGCCCCUGCCCUCUUAUACCAGUUCCUGAUGAACGGCAUCCGGCUGGGCACCUAUGGGCUGGCUGAAGCUGGGGGCUGCCUGCACACGGCUGAAGGCACCCUGAGCCCUGUCCGCAGCGCAGCAGCUGGGGCCCUGGCUGGGGUCAUGGGAGCCUACUUGGGGAGCCCCAUCUACAUGGUGAAGACACACCUACAGGCACAGGCAGCCACAGAAAUUGCUGUGGGGCACCAGUAUAACCAUCAGGGCAUGUUUCAGGCGCUAAUCAAGAUUGGCCAGAAAUAUGGUCUGGUGGGGUUGUGGCGUGGGGCCCUGGGCGGCCUGCCCCGAGUUAUCAUCGGUUCCUCCACCCAGCUGUGCACCUUCUCGUCCACCAAGGACCUCGUGACCCAGCGGGAGAUAUUUCCACCCCAGAGCUGGAAGGUGGCUCUGGUGGCCGCCAUGGUGAGUGGCAUUGCGGUGGUCCUGGCCAUGACACCCUUUGACGUGGUCAGCACAAGGCUCUACAACCAGCCCACAGAUGCUCAGGGCAAGGGCCUCAUGUACCGGGGCUUGCUGGAUGCUCUGCUGCAGACAGCUCGGAUAGAGGGCAUUUGGGGCAUGUACAAGGGUAUAGGUGCCUCCUACUUCCGCCUCGGCCCCCACACCAUCCUCUCCCUCUUCUUCUGGGACCAGCUGCGCACACUCUACUACAUGUAUACCAAAUAACAACAGCCACUCUUCCAACACUCCACCAAGUCGGCACUCCUUGGACUCUUCUGACUCAAUCAUUGUUAUGACCUGGUGACUUCUGACCAGAUGAUCUUUCAUCCAUCAGAGGGGGACCACCAACCCCACUCCCCAUCUGUUUUCUCAGGGUUGAAUCACUACAAGGGAUCGUUUCCCUCCCUUCCUUGGGUGUCGCUUUAAACCUUCCCUACCCAUACCCCUGUGAAUUUCACACCCCUCUCUCAGGGCUGAACCAGUCACUGCAAAGUGUAUUUCCUCCCUUCCUCCACUGCCGGCCUUGGGUCCCUUCUGAUCCCAUGCACAAUUUUAAACUCCACCGUCCAAGACCAAAGGGAAUUGGGGGGACCCAGGUGUUCUGUUGGAUUCAAAGGCACAGAGAUUAUAUUGGUUAUAAAGCAAGUUUAUUUCUGCAGA